UCUGAACGUGCGCGCCUUGCUAAGAAAGCACUCAGUGGAAUAAAAAAAUUUAAUUAUGUCUUCUGAAGCAGAUAGUGAUACCGAUUUAAAUAUGGGUGAAUCUAGUGGUACUAAAGACCAAAUGAAGCAUGCAGCCUCGAAGGAAUCGAAAAUUAUUAUUCGUAGAAAUGAAUUUUCUAAACAGGCAUCAUAUGACGUUGUGAUUCCCGAAAAUGACCUUAUUAGUGCCGCUGUGCUAGCUCGUCAGCUAAAAGCCGCUGACCAAAUCUACAAAACCGUAGGUCAGGAUGUGAAUACGGCUGGAACUUCAGGACAAGUAGGAACGAUUGAAGUGAGCGUAAUGAGCAGCAGUGACGACGCAUCUGAAGGAAGUAGCAAAGACGAAGAUGAAAAUCUGAGCGCAAAUGUAUCAUUCCCGUUUCCAAGUAGCGCUUACAAUCGUCUGCAGGCAUGGUUGAGCAACCUAGAUAGCAGCACCGUGAUGCCAAUAGUAAUGCCAUCUGAAACAGAUAUACAAAGUGAGGAGACAGAUCACGAAUUGGUAGAAGCAGAGGAAGAACUUGAAGAAGUCGAAGAGGAAGGCGAAGAAGAAGCCGAAGAGGAAGGCGAAGAGGAAGGCGAAGAAGAAACCGAAGAAGAAGCCGAAGAAGAGGGAGAAGAGGGAGAGGAAGAAUCGGAUGAAGAAAAUAAUGAAACCGAUAUGGAGGAAGAAGAACCAAAGACGCCUUCGAUGACUCGCUGGCCAAUGGACAGUGAUGAAGAGGAGGAGAUGACAGGCGACACUAAUCCCUUUCGUGCCAAUGAAAUGGGUGCAAAGCCGAAAGAAGAACAAGAAGAUGUAAACAACUCUGAAAAGCUGAGCGCGGAGAUCCAAAUGAAUAAUUUUAUGCAUCUUGUGGAGUCGCGUGCGGCAGUGCCAAGUUUUGCAGUGACUGAUGAAGUCUACAACGUGGACAAACCCAGCCAAGCCAUUGGCCUUGGCACUGACUUGUCCAAACCCCAAAUAUGGAAUAACUUUAAGGAGGGCGACAUGCUCAAGAUAUAUGUAAUCGAGGCCUAUAGCCCCUUUCAGUUCUGGUUUCAUGUGGCUGAGGGGCCUUAUGAUUUAAAUUUGCUGAACCACCUAACUUCACAGUUAACCAAGUUUUAUAAUCCACUUCGUCGCGCCACUUGGCAACUGCCCAAAUACUUCCUUAAGCGCGGCUUUCUUUGCGCCGUAUACAAUGAGUUCACCUGGCGUCGUGGACGCAUCAUCCGUGAACCGGAGACGACUGAUAGUGCCGUUAAAGUCUAUUUACUCGACUAUGGCAAGGUUUUGGAGGUGUGCCACAUGGAUUUGUAUUUUAUGCAUAUCCGUUUUGCUGAACAUCCGCCGCUACUGAUGCGCGGCACUUUGACCGAUGUAUUUCCUCUGGAUCUCCACUGGCCAACAGCUACUACAUUAAAGUUCCGUGAGCUUGUCCAUAACGAACUGUUGCAUGCCACCAUCAAGGAUAUCGAUCAUGGCGAUUGCAUUUUAUUCGUCAAUAUAUUCAGCGGCAAUACAACCAUUAGCGACAUAUUGAUCGAGGCCCAGCUGGCCGGACGCAGUUACAAUUAUAGCGCCGAAUCGCGUGACGAAAAUUGCGGUCGUCGUUUGCGUUAUUUACGCGAGCGCCUUCCCACCUUUGACAUGUUGGAGACAGACGUGUUCCAGUCCACGGAGGAAUUCGAGGAACAGUUCGAUAGUAUCAUCUAUGCGCCAACAUUCUUUCAUCAGUUCGAGAUGCCGAACAUGCCCAAUCCGUUUCGUCAGGACCUCCAGAAGGCCUUGGCCGAGUGGCUCUCCAAAUACAAGUGCGAGGAGUUGAGCUGGCGUAAGGUAAUCGAUGAAUCUAACGAGAAGGAAAAAGACGACAAACAUAAAUGCGUGGAUCAAUCCAAUAACAAUGAAGCCAAGGAUUCAGAUAAGCCCUCAGUUUAA